UGCAAAUCUAGGGCUGAAAUCUCAUUAUUCGCGUCUCUCGUCCUCGCCCCCAUUUCCUAAACCCCCAACUCAACUCACCUGAGCGUCGCAGGGACCGGAGCGCCGCACAGAGAGAGAGAGAGAGAGAGAGAGAGAGAGAGAGAGAGAAAGAGAAUGGCGCCUAAGAAGGACAAGGCUGGUCCUCCGCCUUCUUCAAAGCCCGCGAAAUCUGGCGGCGGCAAGCAGAAGAAGAAGAAAUGGAGCAAAGGAAAGCAGAAGGAGAAGGUGAACAACAUGGUCCUGUUCGAUCAGGGGAGCUACGAUAAACUACUCACUGAGGUCCCCAAGUACAAGCUUAUCACCCCGUCGAUCUUGUCCGACAGAUUGAGGAUUAAUGGUUCGCUUGCUCGUAGAGCAAUCAAAGAUCUAAUGGCUAGAGGCUCCAUCAGGAUGAUUUCUGCUCACUCCAGCCAGCAGAUCUACACAAGAGCAACAAAUACCUAAACUCAAUUACUGUUGUUUCUCCAAUACAGACAUAUCAAGAGCUAUUUCUCCAACGGGGACAUAUCCAGUCUGCUGCUUCUGACUCUUUUGCUUUUGAGAAUUUUGUUUUCUUCAUUCCAAUCUUCGUGCCUUCUUGUUAGUUAAGCAAAGAGUUUCUCGGCCAUCCUCUUGCUUAAUUUGGUUCAGUUUAUUAUGCUUCUUCUUCUAUGUGUUUAAUUAACCUCCACAUCAGCAAACACAUAUGAUACCUCGUGUUACACUA